AUAUAAUAUAAUAAGACGGACAAACAUACUGAGAAAUUUACAGAUUACGUCAGAGUUACAUCGAUAGAAAAAUAAACCGAUUAAAAGAUUUAAUUAUAUAAUAAUCUGAUCAUGAAAGUAACAGGAAAAUUUGUAUAUGGCUUCCCUAUUUGAAUACCAUGUUUACUCGUUUCUGCAGCACAUAUUACUAGAAAGAGCAGCGUAUAAGACAUAUUUCUUUAUCUAUGAAUAACAGAGAGAUUUUUGACGAAUAGAAGAAUUGAUUAACAGUUAAUUGAUUGAAGUUAUAUAUAAAAUUAAUUGGUGAUUUAAAAUCGUCAAUAAAAUGCAACCCAAAAGAUUAAACUUAGUUGUUUCAAAUAAAAUAACGCAAAGAAUCAAAGAUUAUCAAAAGUUAUUCGAAAUUGUGUUAAAAAUUCAGUUAAAAAAAAAGUUUGCCGGUCUGUUGAAAGGCACAGAUUCUGUUUGGGCUGCCGAAGACAUCGUUUCUCUGUCCAUUAUCAAUGUCUUGAUGAUAUUGGAGAACACGCAAAAUACGAACGUGAUUUUCCUGGAGGAUCUCAGGAAUUUGAUAAAUAAUCGCAUUGUUUCGAAGGCUGUCGGCACAUCGCUUGAAAAGUUGCUCUAUCGUCGUAACCAAAAAUUCGGUUACUAUUUUUGGGAGAAAAGUGAGGAAAUCGACCUGAAAAAUAGAAUCAGAUGGUUAGAAUGCGAGAACGCUAAUUGCGAUGGGUCUUGCGAAGAUAUCUUCAGUGAAACUUUUAGGAGAAAUUUGGGAAACGUGUGUAAUAGACCGUUGCCCGAUGAUAACAUGGCUGCAUGGGAGUGUCUCGUUGGAAAACGUUGCACGAGAUCCAGAUCUUGUGUCGAAGAAGGCUGUUUGCUCCCCGAGGAGCACUUGAACACCGAUCUCAGCAAGAUUCCUGUAAUAUUUCGUGUUCAUCAUUCUUUGGGCGAUGUAGCUCUUCUACAAGUAUUGCUUAAAGCGAUUUCUGAGGAAAGUGAAGUAAAGAUGGCAAAAAUAAAGUUUGAUGACAGCAUCUCGAUAAACAAGAAUGAAAAAGAUUUUAGAGAAAUUAUUUCACCGUCGCGUAAUUUGGGAAAGAUUCUCCAAGGUGAGAUGGAGGUUGCGCGAUUCUGUGAUAAGGAUAUUUUCGUUGCAUCUGUACCAUUUAUUUACAUACCGUUGUCACAAAUUUUGAAAGAUCUACGAAGUCAUUUUUGCGCGUUAUUGAAAUUUUCUGGGAAUGUAACGAUCGAUUUGCUGAAGCGGCAAAUGAAAAUGUGGAUCGAUUAUACGUGGUUAAAUUUCAAAAAUCUAUUGAAACAAUUGUGUAAGAAAGUUAUAAAAGCCAUGCGAUUGACGAUGAUUUUACUUUCUGCUCCACAAUGUUUAAUUCAACAGACUAUUCGUAGUAUGGACGAAAAUGCUUUACAUGGCUCAUCCCAGACAGGUGAAAAGUUGGUAUCCUACUGGUUAGAGGACGACGUCAACAAAUCACAGAAACUUUUGAUGAAAAUCCGUGAAAUAAAAAACAUUACAGGGGCCAGAUUCGGAGAUAUAAUAUUAGCAGCUUUCUCUGCCAGUGUGCACAAAUAUCAUCUAUGCAUCAAUAAACCAGCACCUGAUGCAUUAACAGUUAUCAUACCAAUAAGAAUGACUAUGCCUGAUGAAAAUAUAACAUUGGAUAACAAAUUCUCACUUGCUUAUCUACAAAUAUGUAUUUCCAACGUAAACGGACAAACAAUUACAGAGCCACAUAAGGAUUCUCAAUUUUUCAAACGUCUUCAGGACAUCACCAGAGCACAUAAUGAGCUCAGAAGAGGACCAAACAUUUUGCUUAAUUCUUGGGUUAUAAAAUAUCUAUCCGCAAUAUUACCGGCAAAAAUUUUAAAAGCUCUUCUUUCAAGUCUUUCUUUUAGCACAAUGGCAUUCAGCAAUAUGUGCGGGCCACAAAAAGUGCGUAUUCUGAAUAACACUUUGAGCAACAUGAUCUUCUGGAUACCAAACAAGGAUAAUACCGCUCUUGGUUUUUCUUUGCUAAGCUACGGAGACAACUUACAUCUAUCUUUAAUAGCUGAUAAGUCAAUAAUAGAAGAUGAAAGACUUUUUAUGGAAAUUUUAGAAGAUACUGUGCGCGAAAUAGAUAUUGCAUAUAAUAGCAUUACACAUGCUUUUAUGAAUCAUUAGAUUUUCCUGUAGAAACACCUAUGAAAAAAGAUAUCGGUGUGUUAUAAGAAAGAAGUGAGAGCACGACUGGAAACUUCUUUUACGUUUUUACUUUUUUUAAAUAAGUUAAUAUAUAAAUAUAUUAUGUGCAAUAAUGUGUGUG